AGGUGUUGGAGGCUGGUGGAGCCUUGCGUUUUGGAACCACGUCCGUCUUUCCACCCCGCUUACUUGGUAAACGCGGUGCUUUUCCAUGACGAGCCGGGCCAGCCCAAGCGCGUUCCUACGGCGGUUUGCCUUGUCACCAGCGUUCCGAGUGCUCAAAGCGCAAUCGGGUCACGGCCCAUUACCCAAUUGUUACCCUGUCGUUAUUCAACCGGUUUGCGCCCCGCCGAACUAGGUCGCCGCCAGAACGGCCCCAUUCAUGACUCGGACAACGACCUGAUGUUCCCCGCCCCCACUUCCUCGAGUUGUCUUUCUGCCACUCCCUCGCAUCAGUUAUUUACCUCUCGGGGUAAUUUCUACCAUUGAAAAUGACCGUGCCCUUUGCUGCGAAACGGCUGGGUAAAGAGCUCCAGAAGAUCAGCAACUCGCUGCCGCCAGGUGUCGAGCUGGUUUCGGCCGAGAACUUUGAGGAGUGGCUUCUGGACAUCAAAGUGCUGGACGACAACCCGCUCUACCAAAACCAGACAUACAGGCUGAAAUUCCGGUUCGGCCCGUCAUACCCAAUUGAGCCGCCCGAGGUCGUCUUCGUUCAGCUCCCCGACCGCCCGAUUCCGAUGCACCCCCAUGUUUACUCGAACGGCAUAAUCUGUCUUGACCUCCUCGGCCAGCAAGGAUGGAGUCCGGUGCAAAACGUUGAGAGCGUCUGCAUGAGCUUGCAGAGUAUGCUCACUGGCAAUUCCAAGAACGAGCGACCCCCGGGAGACGAGGAUUUCGUCCGCGUGAACCGCCAACGACCAAAGGACAUUCAGUUUUACUACCAUGACAACGAUGUCUGACGCACAUCUUGUGUAUAUUCUUCAAGAGCGGUAUUAAUGUCUGUCAUCUCGAUGAACCUCGAUAUUUUGACUUCAGGGAUUUGGGCGUUCGCUUUUGGCGGCUAGGAGGUUUCAAAGUCUUUGACUGCAUUAUGAAGCGAGGACUGCCUCAUUUCGUGAAUCCGACAAGGAGAUUUCGCAUUUGCGGUGGCGCACAGCAUGUCGGAGGGUUGAGGCAAACUCGUCUCGGCUAUUUUGAGGAGGAGAGACACAAGGGCAUCAGGUUACUAGUUGGAUGCCAGAACGGGACAAAAAGUUAGAUUUGAUAGCGAUACGUAUCUAACGAUCCCGAUAGCAGCUCAACGGAGCUCAAAAUGGCACGUGAAUGGCUCAAUGGGGAGAGGUCGGUGAGGUUGCACACC